AUGAAGUCGUGGGAGGACAAGGCAUCGUGGGCCAGAGCCAACCGCGAUGCCUCCCUUGCCAAGGUUGAGCCCAAGCUGGAGGGUGUCCCGGACGAGCUGCCCCUCAGUUCCCAAGACUUGGCCAAGUCUGUUCUAACUCCGCGAGAGAUUGAAAUCACAGAAAACUACUCUGUCAACGAACUUCUCGCCGUUUUACGCGAGAGGAAGAUUUCAGUCGAAGAAGUGACCAGGGCUUUCUUGCGACGCGCCGCCCUCGCACAAGCUGCAACAAACUGCAUCGUGGGUCUCAUGUGGGAUGAAGCCAUUGCUCGAGCAAAGCAUCUUGACUCCUUGCCUGAACCUAAGGGCAUGCUCUUCGGCCUGCCCAUUUCCACCAAAGAACACCACGGCAUGGUUGGCCCAGACGUCGUAACCACGGCAUCAUUCGUGGCUUGGAUCGGAAAGAAGCAUGGAUCAAACAUUCUCUAUGACACCUUCUGGGAUGAGGGUUGUGUCUUUUAUGCCAGGACAACUCAGCCUCAAACCAUCAUGCACUUGGAGACCAACAACAACGUCUUUGGCCGCACUGUCAACCCUUACAACCGCGACCUGACGUCUGGAGGAAGCAGUGGUGGAGAAUCAGCACUUCUGGGCAUGCGUGGAAGCAUAUUUGGCGUUGGUGGCGAUAUCGGUGGUAGCAUCCGAUGUCCAGCUGCCCAUGUUGGUAUCUACGGUUUCAAGCCGACCCUUAAGCGCGUCUCAGUAGCGGGCCAAAGGAGCAUCAUGGCCGGCAAAGAGACCAUCGCCUCAACCGCAGGCCCCAUGGCUGUUGACCGUGAAGCACUGGAAUUGUUCAUGAAAGUCGCUCUUUCAUCAGAGCCCUGGCGCAUAGACCCCUCUCUCACCGCUAAAGAGUGGACGCCAUACAAGUUUACGAAGCCUCUCAAAAUCGCUAUCCAGUGGUGGGACGGUGUUGUGCAGCCUCACCCGCCCAUGACCCGAGCGUUGAAGGAGGUCGCAGAGGCAUGCCGGAAGGCAGGCAUGGAGGUUGUCGACUGGGACUGCGAGCCCCUGGAUCACGCCAAGGCCUGGGACAUUAUCUCGGCUUUAUAUUGGCCAGACGGUGGUGAAGAGGCCAUUGAGGUACUCAAAGAAAGCGGAGAGCCCAUCCUGCCUUUGACGAAGUUCAUCAUUCAGGAGCAGCCAACCGUCAAGAACCACACCCAGCAUGAACUUUGGAAGCUUUGCGUCGAGCGAGAUGAGUAUCGCACAGCCUACUCCCGCGCCUGGAACGAAACCAGCGCGAAGGAUGGAAAGGAGGUGGAUGUCAUCCUCUGCCCCCCCUCAUUCGGAGCCGCGACACCACACGACCAGUCACGGUACUGGGGAUACACGGCACACUGGAACCUGCUGGACUACCCCGGAGCCGUGUUCCCCGUCACCACCGUCGACCCAGCCAAGGAUCCCAAGGACCUCAGCUACGUGCCCAAGAACGACCAGGACAAAUUCGUCUACGACAUGUACAGUCCUGAGAAGUACACCAAUGCCCCAGUGAGUCUACAGCUCAUUGGACGAAGGCAGAACGAUGAGAAGGUCCUGGCUGCCCUCGUAGAAAUUGAGCAUGCUAUGGGCCGGAAAUAG